ACCAGACACACAUGUGUCCACACUGACACCACUACUGGAACCAGACACACAUGUGUCCACACUGACACCACUACUGGAACCAGACACACAUGGGUCCACUGGUAUGUUUCAGCUGGACGGAGCAGACGGGUGGAGACAGGGGGUUUGGACUGCACCGCUCUACUGUUGUACUCCUGCUGAGCGUUACCACACCACCGGCUCCUCCAACCACCGUCCAGAUCUGGUCGACCACCUGUUCCGACCGCCUGUUCCAACCGCUGCACAGAACCGGGACAAUCAGCCGUCACAUCUACAUGACAGCUGGACGGAGCAGACGGGUGGAGACAGGGGGUUUGGACUGCACCGCUCUACUGUUGUACUCCUGCUGAGCGUUACCACACCACCGGCUCCUCCAACCACCGUCCAGAUCUGGUCGACCACCUGUUCCGACCGCCUGUUCCAACCGCUGCACAGAACCGGGACAAUCAGCCGUCACAUCUACAUGACAGUUCUUCCUGACCCUCAGCUGACCUUCCUGACCUCCCCUUCGGGGCUGGUGGAGGUUAACUGCACCGCUCGCUCCAGACCUGCAGCAGACAUCGUGUGGGACGUGGACGGGGACAACCGGACCCUGGGACCCCCCGUGUCCUGGUCCUACGAGCAGGGGGACGGGACCACCGUAGUGACCAGUACUGUGUCCUUCCAGUCCGGACAGUUCUCAGACGGGUCGGUCCGGUGCACGGUGCAUCACCAGGGUCUGGACAAACCGCUGUCUGUGUCCCUGAACACCAACGUGGGUCCGGCCCUGGUGGUCCUGCUGUCGGUGUGUGCGGUGGCAGCGCUUCUACUCCUGUGUCUGUGUGUGUGUUUCUGCAGGUGUUUCAUCUGCAACGACUGACUCUGGAACUAGUCGGACAGAACUCCUUUGAAGAUCCAGUGGAACCGAAGCUGACCUACAUCUGAGCACUGACAGGAAGGUCCAGAUGGUUCUGAAGGUCCAGAUGGUUCUGGUUCUGCUUUGAAAACAGGAAUGACAUGAGCAGAACCCAACAGAACCACAGUGAGCUGCACCUGUAAGGACACUAAGCCCACUUCCACUGACAGAACACUGGACCCUGUGGGGACGAACAGACCAAACGGACCCAGGUCCUGGACCAGGACGUGUCCAAACAGACUGAGGUCCAGACCAACAUGUGUACGUCAGCCAGAACCAAAUGGAACCAAACAGAACCCAAGCAGAACCAAACAGAACCCAGUCAGUUCAGUGGAACCAAUGCACCAACAGCUGUCAAUCUGAACUAAAAAAAAAAAAAAAAACACAAAAGAAAAGAAAAUGAUUUUAAACCUGUUUUCUACAUUCAAUCCAAAAAGGGUUUCAAAAAUAUAUUCAGAACUAAAAUCUAUAUUAAUUUCUUUUCUUGGAAUCUGUAUUAAACUAAA